GGCGCUACAAAAGCGCCCUCUAGGCGGGAACUACAAAUAUAAAAAGCACGCAUAAUUGUUUUCCUCCGUUUCAAUUUGUCAUUUAACGUUAUACGAAAAAUGCCUAAUUAUAAGAAUCUAGAACAGGCGUUAAAGCAGUUGAGAGAAAAUGUUGCAGAAUUUUCAAUCGGUGCAGUUUCCAGAGAUGAUUACAGACCUCCAGAUGAGAAGAUUGAAAUUUUAAGAAAAUCAAUUCAUCGUUUAAGCUCUAGGACGAUAAUGCUUAAAGCUAAAAAAGAUAACACAUUAAAUGAAGAAAUCCCUACGACAAAUAUGGAAAAUAUUUUUCAAAAGCUACAAGAAGAUACGGCUAAAGCAAUUAUAAAUAAUAUUGCAAUCGAGCAAUGCCUCCACAGUAGUACUAUACUGGAUAUUAUGUCUGACGAAAGUCAAAUAGACGUUCAGGAGAAAAUGUACGCGGCUAUGAGGAAGUUGUUUAUGUUGAACGAUGUCAUUCUAUCGACUCAACAAUCUAUUCAGAAAGCAUUUAAAAAACAAUUGGAUUUAAAGAUUCAAUGUCAGAAAGCGAUAUUUGACCACCAUAGCUUUUUAAAGGAAAAGGAGGAGCAAAGGAAGCAAAACUUACAGAAAACAAAUCCUAAUGUAGUAAAAAAUAAAGAAAAACUGAUGAAAACUAUAAACAAGAUAAAUAUAAUGAAAAAACUUAUCACUAAUUUCAUAGCAACUUCGGGAAAACUCCUGAUGAAAAGACCUUUCUUAUUAGAAAUGUUAGAAAAACAUGCAGAGAUAAUUAACGAAGAAACAAUGAGAAAAAUAAUAGAGAAUGCUGACAAGGACUAAAUGUAAAAUUGUAGAAAAUGUUUCCUUUUUCUUUCUGUAUUUUUAUACUUUUAUACGACAAUGAUGUAAUCAUAAUCAUAAAUAUUAAUAUUUUUAAUAAGCUUUGCAUUUGCAUUUUAUAUGAGAAUGUUCAAUAAAAUUUAUGCGAAUCGAUGGACAAAGAAUUGCAAUGAAAAUAUUAAAAAAUAUGUUUUGACCGUAUGGUCUAUCUACAUUAAUAUUACAAAUACCUUAACUCCUCUUUUGAUUAUGAAAAAGAAAAAGAAACAUUAAAGAUACUUAUCUGAUUGUUAACUAUCAAAUAGAGAGUAUUUUGAUAAAAAAAUGAUAUUUCUCGCAAUAUUCUUAUUCGUAUAUACAUACAUUCAACAAAAUAGAUUGGCAAAUACA